UGAGUUGCUCGGGAAAUACUGCCCGCCACUUACUGACCAGUGCAACUUUAGUCAUUUUUGUGUCAAUUGUUAAAAUUGAAUUUAAUUGUUUUUAGUGUUUGUUUACUAGUCGUAGUUUUACUUAGUGCUAGGUCAGAUAAGGUUGUAGACAGAGUAUCGAAAAUGGGGAGUAAGGAGGGAACUACUGUUUUUAGGUGCAAGUGGUCACCUUGUGAUGCAACCUUUCCUCUCAGAAUCGGUUUGAGACGCCACCAGAGGAAAUGUCUCCACCGUCCUCCUUUAUUUCACCCUCCAUCCGCCACAUACACACCCACUGCUGCGAGAGAGAGACAGACGACACGACUCUUGUCAACCACGCUCACACCGACCGCUACAGAGGAUGAUGAUGAUGUUGGAGUUAUUUUUGAAACUCCGCCACCUACUCCUCCCAUCCCAACAGUAACUCGAGAUCUGGGACGAAAGUCAAGGACACCCACAGCAAUCAGGAAGACCACUAAAUCUCUCAGGUUUUCAUGCAAGUAUUGUAAGAAGGGGUUUGCCAAUAAUUACCAUUGCAAACGUCAUGAAGAUGAGAGUUGUCCAAACAACUCAGACCGUGAACUCCCCUCAAGUACUUGCCCUAUUUGUCAUUUAGUUGUUAGAGGGAAUAACUCUCACUUGAAAUUCCACAUCUUACUCAACCACACCAUUAUUGAUAUCAAUACAUUGUCUGAAUCUCAAAUGAAACAGCUUCACCCAUUCCAUACAAACGAACUCAAUCAGUUGAGAACUGUUGACCCUGUCCUGCCCCACCAUGCUAAUUUCCGUGAUUUGUGCAAGAAGUGGGUUAAAAGGUUGGAUUUAUACUGCACCGCAGAAGUGGGACGUGUCACGGACCCUUGUAGCGUGUAUCUAGUCGCCACCAUCCGUGGGAGGUUUACCUCAGUUGCUGAAGCAUUUGACUAUGUCAUGAAGGGUGGUGACAACGUUUCGUUUUAUAUCGGAUGUAAUGGAAAAGGAAUUGGUGUGGCCCCUCAUCACUUCUUGGAUGCAGUGAACUCUUGUUUGUGGAAGGCAGGACGAAGAGGGGAGACUGUAGUGUUAUUGAAAUUGUGAGAGUUCAAGGGAACAGCUCAUAAGGAUAAUCUCCAAUCAGCACAUGAGUUGGAAUCAAAAUUAAUUGAAUACGCUCUAUCUAGUCAAGAUUAUAUUGCCAAAGACGGGUCAAGGAUGAGGUGGCUAAAUAUGAAAAGGGAAGCAGCUACGUUCCUUACUCUUCCUAUUGCAGACCAAGAGAAAGCCAUCACGGAUGGAGUGACAGGGGUUCCCUUUCUCUGCCGAGCUGCCAAAUGUGGACCAGACUGUGUCGCCUUCCUCCACCUCACCAACAAAGAAUGCAAAAUAUUACCAUUUCCAAUCCCCACUCAGUCAAACUUCCAGCGACCGCCCCAAUUACUUCCACCAAAGAAACUACUGACUGACCCCUACAAAAUUGAAAAAGAAUUAGCUGACCGAAUCAAGAAAAUCCAAGCAAGCGUAGAUAACACUGCAAACGUAAAAGCAUGUGUUUACAUUGCAAUAUUGCCCCUGACUGAACAAUAUGGUCAAAUGUCACCCACUGAGUACUGUCGACAUUGGGACGCCACACCUGAGGUGAGUGAGACUACCGCGUGCUAUGUCGGGAAAAAUCGUGACGGUACCGGUAUGCACAAGGGACAUAAAAAAACCCCGUCCCUAACUAGACCUGGGAGAGCAAUUUUGGAUGGAUCGAGGAAAUGCAUCCAAGUCGGUGUCAUACCUCGUGAGAAUGUGGAUGAGUCUGAAAAGUUGGAGGCUCUGUUGCUAGUUCAUCUCUUUUUGCAAGCUCGGGUGAGACGACAAGGGAGGAAGGUGAACCCUUUCAACAAACAAAUAUCCCCCGCUGCGUGGUUGCGUUGUUCAAAGGAGGAGAAAGAAGAGGUUGUUGAAUUGGGACUGGCAGGGGUCUCACCCAUUACUUUUGGAACAGAGAAACCUCACAUGAAAUUGAAAGGGAUUAAAUAUCCCAUUGUUAUUAACAUGGCUGAUGUAAAGGAAUUGGUUUUGCCGACACAGGAGGAGGAGGAGACAAAUUAAAAGAUUCAGUAUUUAUGAACUAUAUUACAGCUAUUCAUACAAAUAUGUACUUGUUAUUCGUUACGGCGUUUUUUAAUUUGAAUAAAAUAGAAGCACUUAGUAUUUAUA